CUCUGUUGAACAGCCGGCACGGUGUGCGAAACCAGGUGGCAACACCAGCCGGCGCAGGAGAAGGAGUGGAGGAGUGACAGAGAGGUGGGAGGACCGAAUGGGGAGAGACAGAGAGCGAAAUAGCAACGUCGAUGAAUGUGCGCGCCCCGCGAGCAGAGAACAAACAACACCAGCUCCUGAAGCACUCCAGUCCAGAGUUAUCGCCGAGAGCCACAGUGCAGCAUAUCCGUGGACGACAUGUUGACGCACAAAACUUGUCAGGCACGUAAGAAAAUGCAGGUUUCCUUCGUGAUACGGGACGCCGAGGAGAAACAGCACCGGAAUGGCGUCAACGCACUGCAGCUGGAUGCCAAUAACGGCAAGUUGUACUCCGCCGGACGCGACGCCAUCAUCCGAGUGUGGAAUACACGGACGGACUCCAGCGAGAAGUACAUACAAUCGAUGGAGCACCACAAUGACUGGGUCAACGACAUAGUACUUUGCUGCAAUGGCAGAAACCUUAUCAGCGCCAGCUGUGAUACCACGGUGAAGGUGUGGAACGCCCAGAAGGGCUUCUGCAUGUCCACCCUGCGGACCCAUCGCGACUACGUGCAGGCGUUGGCAUACGCCAAGGAUCGGGAGCAGGUGGCCAGCGCUGGUCUCGACAAGGCCAUCUUCCUGUGGGACGUGAACACACUGACCGCCCUCACGGCGAGCAAUAACACGGUUACCACCUCUAGUCUAACCGGGUCCAAGGACUCCAUCUACAGCUUGGCCAUGAACCCAUCGGGCACAGUAAUUGUGAGCGGAUCCACGGAGAAUAUACUGCGUAUCUGGGAUCCCCGCACCUGUAUGCGCAGCAUGAAGCUGCGAGGCCAUACGGAGAACGUGCGCUGCUUGGUGGUCUCGCCCGAUGGAAACCAGGUGGUGUCUGGCAGCUCCGACGGCACGAUUAAGGUGUGGAACCUGGGUCAGCAGCGCUGUGUUCAAACCAUCCACGUACACAAGGAGGGCGUGUGGUCGCUGCUGAUGAGCGAAAACUUCCAGUACAUCAUUUCCGGCAGCCGGGAUCGCAACAUCAUUGUAACCGAGAUGCGAAACCCCAGUAACAAGACGCUUGUGUGCGAGGAGCAGGCGCCCGUGCUUAGUCUGGGCUACAACAUAGACAAGACUGGGGUGUGGGCCACUACCUGGAACUCGGACAUUCGCUGCUGGAAGCUGCCCAUGUACGACAGAUGUACAAUGAAUUCCUCGGGCGGAAUGGACGCCCAGUGGACACAGGGCGGCACUGAGGUGGCUUGCAUUAAAGGCGGUGCCGCCAUCAAGGAGUGCGCGGUGUUGAACGACAAGCGUUAUAUAAUAACCAAGGAUUCACAAGAUCAGGUCGUGGUGUACGAUGUGCUGAGAGUAGUCAAAAAAGAGCAAUUGGGCGCCGUUGACUACGAAGCGGAGGUGAAGAAGCGUAAUAAGCAGGUUUACAUUCCAAACUGGUUCACUGUUGAUCUGAAAACCGGGAUGCCAACGAUUGUAUUAGGCCAAGAGGAAGUCGAUUGCUUUUCUGCUUGGGUUUCCAUAGAAGCUGGGCUGCCGGAGUGCGUCGAUCCCACGACAGAGAUUAAGAUCAACUAUGGCAAACUGCUUCUAGAAGCACUGCUAGAGUACUGGACACCACCGCAUAGCAUACCACCAAACGAAAUGGAACCCGAUAUGCACGGAAAUGGCUACUUCCAAGUGCCCAAGCACACGCCCGUCAUCUUUAGUGAAGUGGGCGGCCGCACUGUUUGCCGACUUUUAGUACGCGAUGCGGCUGGCGAUAGCGAAAGUACCCUGCUCCAUGAAACAGCGCCACAGUGGGUGACUGACGUGGUAAUCGAGAAGAACAUUCCCAAGUUCCUCAAAAUACCGUUCUUCCUGCAGCCCCACCCGCAAAUGACCAAGCCGGAACGAACGAAGAAGGAUCGUCUGGUGGCUAAUGAAUUUAUUCAGUGUCGCAAGGUCUGCGAGCACGUGCUUGAAAAGGUGCUGAAUGCGGAAACUACUCCAAGUGGGGGCAAUGCUAAUUCACUGCAGAAUAGCCAGAGCGAUGCUAAUUCAGAGGGAUCCCAACUGCCAGCUGAGGAACGAAUUGAACUGUGGUGUAAUGAUGUGGUUGUGGACCCCAAUAUGGACUUGCGUACGGUGCGCCACUUCAUCUGGAAGCAGUCGACCGAUCUUACGUUUCAGUACAAGACCAAACAGAAUUUCAACUACGAUGGUUCGAUCGGGGAUAGCUUGGAGCGCGUGACGCGCAAGUAUUAAACGCUGGCAAGUGAUCUCCCGCUUAACCGAAGCAGUACCGAUGCAUUAUUGAAUGAGAACGCGAUUGAGCAGAUCGGAUAACAAUUUAUAUUUUUAUAAGUUGAUUUUGCAAUGUAUUUGAGUUAAACUGCGAUUCGUUUCGUCUCGUCUAGUGGACAAAAACAUUCAAGGAGAAUCUGUACGAUCGUUAACUUUAAAUUUAAAAGUGCACCGGAGUACUUUUGUUUGUUCACUUCUCGUUAGGAAUAAAUAUGUACUUCAGAUUCAGACUUAUAACAAUUAAGCUUGCGACACACGUAGAUAAGCAUUGCAAAGGAGUAACUGCAGACAUACCAUUAAAACGUAUUUGCAUCUGAAGCAACUAGACCUAGAGUAUUGCGCAUAUAUGUAUGUAAUAUUCACACUUGUUUCACAUUAGGUUUAUACAUAAUUAUUUACAUAGAACAUAGGUAUAAGUAAUCUGUUAAAGAUACAGAAAAUUCAAUGCAAUGGUAGUAGCCCAACUUGUAAAGAGCUCUAUGCCAGCCAAUUUGUACAUAAGUAAUAAGCGAAAAUCGAAAACCAGGAUGAAAAUCAA